AUGCAUACAGUUUUUCGAAUUAGUGAAAUUCGAAAAAUUGACAAAAAUCGUCCACUUUAUGAAGUGGAUCUUAAACUUACGUCGGAUGAUGACCAACAACUUCGUCGAUUAACCGACCGUAUACGAGAAGAAUCAUCAAGUAGCACUGGAUGGUAUCGCAUGGAUCAUCCUUCAUUGGCUACUUCCUACAACAACAUCGGUGCAAUGUAUAAGAACAUGGGUGACUACUCGAAAGCACUUGAAUUUUACGAAAAAGCACAUCAAAUCUACGAAAAAGCUCUGCCUCCAAAUCAUCCCAAUUUGGCUAUUUCCUACGGCAACAUCGGUCAAGUGUAUAACAACUUGGGUGACUACUCGAAAGCACUUGAAUUUUACGAAAAAUCACAUAAAAUCUACGAAAAAGCUCUGCCUCCGAAUCAUCCUUCAUUGGCUACUUCCUACAAUAACAUCGGUCAGGUGUAUAACAACAUGGGUGACUACGCAAAAGCACUUGAAUUUUACGAAAAAGCACAUAA